AUGUUCCUCACCAUAUUUGACGUGUCGGAGGAGAUGAGGGAUCUCUUCUGGUUUGUGAGGGACAUGGAUGAGCCGGCGCCCACCAAUCCCGUGCUGCAGAGACACGCCAACACCGCCUUCAAGCUGAUCUGUGACUCAUGCUGCCAGCUGGACGACAGAGCAGCGGUGGCCGGCAUGCUGCCAGCAAUGCAGGCUUUGGGCGGCAGACACAUCAAGUACAACGUCAGACGUCAACACAUGGCGGGUGGACGGAGUAAGUGGAGGGCGCAUGGAAGAGCUCACACCUUCAACACUACCACCAUCUCUUCCCUCCCCAUUUCCCUGCCUCCCCCACCCGCUCAGGUGUUUCGGAUGGCAUUCCUUAAGACAGUGGGUAAGGCUCUGGGCUCAGGGUGGACGGAGGAGGUGGAGGGCGCAUGGAGCAGGGCGUAUGGGAAGGUGGAGGAGAUGGUUACAGCAGGGCUGGGGGGGAGAUGA